AUGGAUAGGGACAACGCCAAGGACGGCCCCGUCCUCAAACACUUGGACGAUGCCGACACCGGUGUUGAUACCUAUGCCACGAUCAUGGCAACAAACAAACCCGACCCGCGAGGACCCGGAUACAUCAGGCUAUACCUCCUUGCCACAGUGUUGUUCUUCUGUUCGACCAUGAAUGGAUACGACAGCGCUCUUCUAGGGUCCAUCAACGCAUUACCCAAUUACACGGAGUACUUUGGGCUUCCUGCAAAGGGCAACGCGAGCACUGGCAUCGUGUUCGCCAUCUUUCAGGUCGGUCAAAUGUGUGGUGCCCUCUUCAUCUGGAUGGCAGAUUGGUACGGUCGAACCUGGCACAUCUUCUUCGGCUGUUUGGGCGUUUGCAUCGGGGCAAUAAUAACGGCACUAUCAACGAGUCUGCCUAUGUUUAUUGGCGGUCGCUUCAUCUUGUCGUUCUUUGCUACCUGUGCUCACACGUCUGCACCCCUUUACUUGGUCGAGAUCGCGCCUGCUAGAUAUCGUGGCACUGUCGCAGGCCUCUACAACACCUUUUACAACGUGGGCUCAAUAUUGGCAACAUCGGCAGUAUACGCGUGCCACCGCUACCUGAGUGAUCGCGGAGACUUGGAUUGGAGAAUACCGUUAUGGCUUCAGAUGGUGUGCCCUGGGCUUGUGUGUGUCUUGAUCAAGUUCUUCCCCGAAUCUCCUCGAUGGCUCGUCGCCAAGGACCGACAUGACGAGGCAAAACAUAUCAUCGCAAUCUAUCAUACCAACGGAGACCUCGAGCAUCCUCUCGUAGACCUGCAGAUGAAGGAAAUGAUCAACUCGCUUGAUCCAGCCCACGUACCUUCGUGGAAAGAUCUCUUCGACUUGAGGGUCCUCGUCGAGAGCCGGUCUAGCAGGUACAGACUUAUGCUCAAUGUAGCGUUUUCUUGGUUUGGGCAGUUCAGUGGAAACAACAUCAUCUCGUACUACCUGCCCAUCAUGCUUGCGGGCGUCGGCAUCACCGAUACGAACACGAAACUGAUACUCAAUAUCGUCUACUCCGUCAUUGGCUGGGUCUUUUCGACCGCGGGCUCCCGUCUUCAUGACGUUGUCGGUCGCCGCAAGAUGCUCAUUUCCACCACCGCAGGUAUGACAGUCUGCCUAGCCCUAGUCGCCGGCUGCUCAGCAGCCUACACAGACUACGGCAAUAAGAUGGCGUCCACUGUCAGCAUCGUCUUCAUCUUUGUCUUUGGUGCCAUCUUCGCCACGGGCUUCACGCCGAUGCAGCCCAUCUACCCGGCCGAGGUUGUCAGCAACAAGAUGCGUGCCAAGGCGAUGGGGACUUUCAAGCUUACGGCAGGUGCGGCGGGAUUCCUCAACACUUUUGUUGGGCCUAUUGCGCUCUCGAAUAUUGGGUACUGGUUUUAUGUCUUCUUCGUGGCCUGGGACAGUUUCGAAAUGGUUUUCAUGUACUUCUUCUUUGUUGAGACCAAGGGUUUCACACUGGAAGAGCUGGAUGAAGUGUUCGAAGCAGACAGCCCUCGUAAGGCUUCGGUAGAGGCAAAGAAGAGACAGCAAGUGAUCAUGAGGGCCAGUACGGCUGCGGCCUGA